AUUAGGAAGGGAGGGGACCGAGCAAGGAAGGGAGGGAGCAGGGGAAUACUGGACAGGAGCUGCUGGAAAGAACAAGAAACAUUUGCGAGGGAACUGUACAAUUAUCACCGGCGUGGGAGAACAGUGCUUAUUGCAGGGGGUCCAGCAGUGACUUACCCCCACCCCACCAGCACCGCCUGGGUACAGCAGACCUAACCAGUCUCCUUACCUAUGAGGUCUUCAGCAUGUCAUCUGACAGUGGUUCCUCGCUGUCCGCAGGAGAGAACCAACAGCUUGCCAUAGUGCAACGGCAACAAGUUCUACAAGCCGAGCAGGAGGGUACACAGAAGAGAACCUUCUCAAACUGGAUUAAUUCCCAGUUGUCAAAGCACGCUCAGCCUUUUGUGAUAAAGGACCUGUUUACUGAUAUCCAAGAUGGACAUAUUCUUCUGGACUUACUUGAAGUUCUCUCCAAUGAAGUCCUGCCGCGUGAGAAAGGGAAAAAUAUCUUCCAGUCGCGAAGUAACAUAGAGUCUUGCCUAACCUUCCUGCGUAAGAGAUCAAUCAAGCUCAUAAAUAUUCAUGUUGAAGACAUCAUUAGUGGCAAACCGUCUAUUGUGCUUGGCCUAAUUUGGCAAAUCAUCCUACAUUUCCAUAUUGAAGGCCUGGCAAGCAUUUUGGCUGCUGCAGAUGACCAACAACCCGUUGAGGGUGAGAAAGAAAAUGGUGUCUCGCCGACAGCAAGUCCAUCGCCCAAGAGGAGCGCCAAAUCUAGAUGGAAGAGCUCAGCAAAGAAAGUUCUCCUCUUAUGGGCGCAGGAACGGUGUUCUCAGGUUGCAUCCAUUAAUGUAACAGAUUUCAAAUCAAGCUGGAAAAAUGGCAUGGCUUUCUUAUCAAUUAUUCACUCCUUGAGACCAGACCUCGUCGAUAUGGAGAAAUUACUGGACAAGUCCAAUGAGGAAAGGCUGCUAGAUGCCUUCAGAAUUGCAGAGGAUGAGCUAAAAAUCCCCAGACUCCUUGAGCCAGAAGAUGUAAAUGUUGUGGAUCCUGAUGAAAAAUCCAUUAUGACGUACGUUGCGCAGUUCUUACAGUAUUCGAAGAAUGUGGUGGACCCUGUCAAAGAUCUACCGCAUAAAGUAAGCAGCGCCAUGGAAUGGUUGAAUCAGGAGGAACAGACAUUAAAAACAUUGUUUACGGAAAUGAAAGAUGAGACUUACACCAAAAAGUAUCAGGCAAUCCUGUUAUUCAUGAGAAAGUUUAAUGAACAGAAACGAGUUUUCAUAACCAGUUUGGCAAUGGAGUCGCUGCCGGCAGAAGAACAACGACUUAUUAAGCAGUCACUUGAAAAUAUAACGUUCCAGAUCGCAGAGUGGAAAGAGCAGCUGGAUCGCAGUUUGCCGCCCCCUCUGGACCUCAUUGAGAACUGGCUAUCAGAGGUUGAAAGCUUAAUGUCACAGACAUUACCUACAUCGGCCAGUCACUACAAUACAAUGUCUAUGCUCCAGACUCUGUCUUUAUCCUUCAAGGCUUUAAUGGCUGAUGCUGCCUCUCAUUGGGAGAGUCUCCAAUCAUUCAAGAAUGUAUCCGAUGUAGGUAUUCUUCUUGUGCCAAAUGAUAAGACACUGGAGAUGAAAGCAAGGAUGGAAAAGAUAUUGGCUGCAAGCUUCAGUGUUCUUCUGGAUUACAAGUGCUCCGGGCAUUAUGUGCUUGCACUCCUGGAAGAAGGUCAACCCAAGAUAAAAUCAUGGAGAGUAAAAUAUAACUCACAGGAGUCCGUGGAGGCCCUUCUUGUAGAUUACAAGGAAUUUAUUGAACAGAAACAGUUCAUGGUUCACCUUGAAACCGCUUUCCAAAAAUUCAAAGAACUUCAUAACCAGCUGCUGACAACGGAAGGAUAUUUGGAUGACCCCGAAAUCAAUCAAUCAAAACAGUAUGAAGCGAUAGAAUUGAAGUAUAAAACAUUUCUGUCAUUGGUCUUUGACACAAGAUCUACUUUGGAAAAAGUUCUAACCUGCUGGACUCAGUUUGAGAACAAUAUAAACCUCAUAACUGCUUGGUUGGAUGAGCAACAGAAGAUCUCUCUUGUUAAUGUUCCCACGGAGAUUCUGUCCAAAUGGAGAUCUGUGAAUAAAUCUUUAAACAGAGACGGCAAUUUCCUGAUUGAGAGGACCGAACAGAAGGUGGCUUCCAAGUUAUCUCACAGGCUGAAAUCCUUGAACAGGCGAUGGACUAAAUAUGUGAAGCAGUAUGAGGAACUGAAGGAGGAGCGAAGUGGUAACAAAACUCAUCAAGAUGUGUGUGAUGACAAAAACAAGGCGCUAGCGUCCAAAUUGGAUUUUGUCCAUGACCCUACGGAACAGCAUUUGCCCGAACAAGACAUAAAACGAAACUUUGAGAGUUCAAAAAGUGACCUAGAAACAUAUAUUACGAGAGCCAUGAGCCUUCUAGGACAGAGAGUUACCCCGGAGGAGUUCAUUUCACAGUAUGAGAAAUCUCUGAGCAAGUUUGAUGGCCAAAGCCUUGACACAUUUCUUAGAGCCGCUGAUCAAAUGAAAAACAUUUCAACAUCUGCCAAAGAGAAGUUGGAUGUGGAUGAAGUAAGCAAUGAUCUUCGGUUUAGGUGGAAGGUAGUCCGUGAUGAGUUGGAGUCUUACGUCUGUCAACUAAAAAUCCACAUCGAGAAGAAGAAAUUUGAUGACCUGUUCUGCAAACUGGAAAAGCAGAUUUUGAAAGAGAAUAAAAGUAUGGGUGCUGUGGACGUGGAGGAAUUAAUCAGAGAACAUGAGGUUGUCUUCUCUGAUGGCGGCUGCCAGGGAGAGCUGAAUCGGUGUCUUCAAGCCAUGGAAACUCUGAGCAGCAUGUCCAGCACACAGGCUGAUUCCGCCGCGGUCAUCAAGUUAGUUUCCGAAUGUAAAAAAAAGAAGGAGGACUUUGAGAAACGGGCAGCAGAAAUUUAUGUUAAUUUACUGUCACAUCGGGGAAAAAUCAACACACAUGAUGUUGCUUUGAGUGAAAAUGGAAAGAAGUCCAGUACCUGCAAUCUUAAUGGAACAUCGUCUUCACAGGAGGUGUCAGAACCGUGCAGUGUGUAUCAGGCCAGGGGGAAUUACACACCGGAAGACAAUGAGGAUGAUGACUCAUCUCUACCCAUGAUGCUGCAGAGAUAUGAUGACAGGAAAAGUAAUCUAGAACAGUUCAUUCAACACUCAAUAGAGAAACUUGUCGGUGAAAGCCCAACAGAAGCUCAGGAUAUAAAACAACUUCAGCUUAGAAGCCGUGAGCUGCAGAUUUUACAGGCCCAGGCAGACAAAAGCUGGUCAGAGUUUGAGGCUAUGUCACAAAAGUUGGAGCUUCUUCAGCACGGCAUUGAAAGGAAGACGUUUUCUGAACAGAGAUCUGCCCUUCAGUCUGACCUGGAAACUGUUACUGAAGAAAUUAAAGUCAGGCUUCAAUCUCUGAAUGUCACGAUAGACGUCCUUUUGCCCAUCGAGCAGGAAGUAUCUAGUCUAUGUGAGUCAAGUAGGCGAACGUCAGUCCCCGAAAUGGAAAGAUUCACUGUCGCCAACAUUGACAUGAUAUAUGACAAACUUAAGGAAGUUCAGAAUACUGUUGAAGAUCAUAUUCAACAAUGUGACAUUGCUACUGAAAUUAUUGAUCCGUCAAGUCCAGUUGAUGUGUUCGCUGUUCAGUCCAUUGUCCAUCAAUACAAGACCCAACUAGAAGCGACUGGUGAAACGAUGAAAGAACGAGAGACUCUUCUCAAAGACCUGGAAGCCUUUUUCUCCUCUCUUGCAGCAACUAAACUGUCUAUCCAGGCUGAAGUCGCAAUACUGAGAAUGGACAGAAUCUCUUUGCUCGAAAAGCAGAAGAACCUCAAUGAACUAGAGAAGAAAGUUUAUAGUCUGAAAGAAGAGGCUGAAAAGCUUGAUGAGCGUCUGAAGCCAUUCAAGAUUUUCCUAGAAGACCCAGAACAUGGAGGAAAUACAUCUUGUCAGAAAAUGGUUGGUGCAUUCUUUGAAAAUCUAGAAAUGGCAAAACAGGCCAUUCUGCAAAAAGUUAAACACUUGGAAGACAGACAGGCUUAUGGAAUACAAUCAGUGAGCGAAACACCUACUGAUCAUGGUGACUUGGGUUCUAUAUUACACCAACAGCCUCAGGAACCGGAGAUGGAGCAGUUCACAGUAUCAAACAUAGGAUCAGUUCUGCAGAAAAUUAAGGAUGUUCAGAGCACUUUUGAAAACGAGAUUCAACAAUAUGAUGAGUUGGGCGCUUCGUCCAUGUUGGAUCAGUAUAAGAUGGAAUUACAAACAGACACCGAGGUCAUGAAAGAAAAAGAAACAACCCUGAAAUCCCUGGAAACAUUUAUGUCUUCUCUUGAAGCCGUUAAAAUGUCCAUUGACGCUGAAUCCAUAGUUCUGGCUGCGGACCGAAUCGCGCUACAGGAGAAGCUGAGGAACCUUGAAUCUUUAGAGAAGGACAUCUACUGUCUUGGACAAGAAGCAGAGAGGCUCGAUGACCGAUUGCAGGCAGCUGAAAUCAUAUUGGAGGAUCCGGAAUAUAGGGAAAAAACCUCAUGCCAGAAAAUGAUCAGUGAAUUCUUUCAGAAGCUAGAAAGUGCCCAGCAAGCCGUUCUAAGAGAGCUUCAGGACCUGCAAGAGAAGGAGGCGCAGGAGACAUUGAACAAUAGUCAGGAAACCCUCUGCAAACACAUUGAAGACAUUCGAGAUCAGAUUGAUAAUAUUGGUUUAAAAGAACCGACUAUUCAUGCUGUACAGCAGAGAAUGAAAUCCUUGAUAAAGCUGGAGGAAAAGCUGGAUUCGUUUGCCCAGGAAAAUGAAUCCAUCUCUGGUGCUUUUCUGGAGCCUUUUCCGACUUCACAAGGAAAAGACUUGCGUGGGUGGGAAGAUUGUGAGAAUUUAAAGGAGGACACAAAGCAGUACAUCUCUCAGAGUAAAGAGCAAUGUGAAGUAGUAAUUGAACUCCUCCGCAAGUUCCAGCGAUACAAGACCAUAUUGACAUCUUUGAUUCAGAAAGCAGAGACUACAGUAUCACAUCAUUCAUCCUAUAAAGGAAAAGAAAAUCUUCAGAAGAUUAUGUUGAAGGUGCAAGUGCUGAAACAAGAGAUUGAUGGUCAUUCGGAAAAUGUUGAAGAAAUCAGCAGCAUCUGCAAAAAGCUGCAAUUUCAUAUCAAUACAAUUAAAAGCUUUAAAGACCCCCCAUUCCAAGCAGAGGCCAACGCCAUCAUUGACAAGUGGUUGGAUGUGUGUGAGAAAAUUGAUAGCAGUAAUGAAAACCUGGCAAGCGCUGUCUCCUUGUGGAACAAAAUCCUGCAACUAUCCCUGGAGAUUGAGCAGUGGUCCUCAUUCAAAAUGAAGUUCUUUGAAAAUAAAAUUCUUACAAGUGACGAUGUUGGAUUGUUAAAUACUGAACUUCAAAAUCAAGAGAAACAUUUGGAAGAAAUCAAUAAGAAAUCUGCAGAAAUUCAGUACCUUUUACAAAGUGAUGAGCCUCUUUUGGAACUACAGGUCAUCAAAACAUCUUUGCUGAAUAUACUUACUCCAAUUUCUGAGUUUGUUUCGAAUAGCACUAAAGGUAUGGAUGUAUCACAGACAGACACGGAACUUAAGUCAUGUGAUUUAGGCUCAGUAUCCGAAGAUUUUGUUCCGAGGAAAUCAGUACCAUCAGGAGAUGUGUCUGAGCAUGUAAAUGGAGAACCAAUCGAACCAAGCAAAGAGGAGAACUUUUCUAUGGAAGUAGAACCUAAAUCUCAGGCGAACGAUGACCAGAAUUACCCCACAUCACAGGCUGAACCACAAGGAGAGGAGCAGGGUGAACGUUUAGAAGCUCUGAAAUUGAGGCUGUCAGAGAUGAAGCAGAUGCAGGAACGCUUGCACAUUGAUCUGCAGCCUGGUUUACAAGGCAAAGUAAAGCAGUUGGCAAUUCUCACACAACUUCUCCAGGAAAGUCAGGAUCUCACCGGUACAGUGGAAGAGUUGAAGACCAAGAAAGGGGUUCCUACCUCUGGUGACAGCCACGGUCUUUAUCAUAGUCAGUGGCUGGAAAUCAAGCUGUUUCAUAAAAGCCUCAUACAAGAAUUACAGGAUACAAAGCAGAUACUGGAGAGCCGCAUUGAUGAACACCAGAAAUAUGAAAGUCUCUCCACUGCCCUGAAUAACAAAAUGACAAGUUUUUAUGAAGAGCUUGUUAAUUUUGCCGGCUCAUCACGGGAAAACGCACCGAACGAAGAGAAGAGACAGAAAUUACAGGAGUUGCGUGAUAAAUAUGAAGGUUUGCAGAGCGAUCUCAGUGAUGUAUCUCGGCUAGCAGAUGACGUAAAGCGCAGUACGUUUACACCAGGAGUCAAAAGGAUUCAGGAGACUACGGAUAUCAUUUGCAGCAAAAUGAGAGGAUCUUUAGAACGACUUGAUUAUCUGGAGCAAGUGAUAGAGCUCCCUCCCGUGACUGUGAAACGCAAGGGGAAGAAAACUAAGAAAGUAUCCAAGAAGAAGCUGGAAACUAUAGUACAAACAACAGUAGAAUCGUCUCUUCAACCUGCACAAGUUACAGAAUAUCAUUCUAAACCUUCAGUGGAGCCUCCUGUGCAACUUUUAGAACCUACAGUAGAGUCUGCUGUAGAGCCUUCAGUAGAACCUUUAGUAAAACAUUCUGGGAAGCUUACAGUGGGUUCAUCGAUGCAGCCUCCUAUGGAAUUAUCAGUGCAAUCUACAAUACAACUCACAGAAAAAGAUUCACUGCCUCCUUCAGUGGAACCUUCAAUGCAAACAGUAAAACCUAAAGAAAAUCUUUCUGUAGGGCAUACAGUAGAAUCAAUACACUCUAGAAAAAAGCUUCCACUGCAGCCUCCUGUAGUACCUUUAGUACAGUUUUCAGUGGAAUCUACAGAACAAUCUGCAAUACAACCUUCAGUGGAAUCUACUAUGGAACCUUCAAUACAAUCAUUAAUGCAACCUAUAGAAAAACAUUCAAUACAGUAUAUAGUGGAAUGGUCAGCAGAACCUACAGCAAAGUCUUCAGUGCAGCCUGCAGAGCAACGUUCAGUGCACACUACAGUGCAGCUUUCAGUGGAAUCUACGGAGGAUUAUCCAGUACAACCAAUAAUACAAUUUGCAGAAAAACAUUUUGUGCAACCUACAGUGAGGCCAUCAGUGCAGCCUGGUGUGGAACCAUUAAUGGACUUUUCAGGGAAACUUUUGGUUAUGCCUACUACAGAACUGUCAGUACAGCCUGCUGUUGAACCGUCAAUGCAGCCUGAUGCAGAACCGUCGGUGCAGUCUGCUGUGGAGCCUUCAAUCCAGCCUGCUGCAAAAUCUUCAGUCCAACCUUCUGCUGAACCUUUAGUGCAACCAGCUGUGGAUAUUUCAAUGCAGACUGCCUUGGGACCUUCAGUGCAGUCUACAGAGAAACCUUCAGUGCAGCUUGCUACGGAGUCUUCAGUGCAGCCUGCUGUGGAAAUUGCAGUGCAGCCUAUUGUGACACCUCCAGUGCAGCCUCUUGCAGAACUUUCAGUGCAUCCUGCCGUGGAAUCUUCAGUUCAGUCGAUUGUGAAACCUUCAGUGCAUCCUGCUGUGGAACCUUCAAUGCAGUCUAUUGUGAAAUCUCCAGUGCAGCCUCCUGUGGAUUUGUCAGUGCAGCCUGCUGCAGAAUGUUCAGUGGAGUCUAUUGCUAAACCUUCAGUGCAGCUUGCUAUAGAACCUUUAGUGCAGCCUGCUACAGAACCUUCAGUGCAGUCUGCUGUGGAACAAUCCAUGCAGCCUGCUGCGGAACCUUCAGUGCAGCCUUCUGCAGAACCUUCAGUACUGCCUGCUGCGGAACAGUCAGUGCAGUAUGCUGUGGAAGCUUCAGUGCAACAUCUUGUUGAGCCUUCAAUUCAGCCCGCGGGGAAGUCAUCAAUGCUGCCUGCUGAGCAGUCUCAUGUUCUGCCUGCUGAGGAGUCUCCCAUUCUGCCUGCUGGAGAAUCUUAUGUGCAGCCUGCUGCAGAACAGACAGUACAGCCUGCUGUGGAAACUUUUGUGCAGUGUGCUGUGGAUACUUCAGCUCAGACUGCUAUGGAACUUUCAGUACAGCCUAUUGUGAAACCGUCAGUGCAGCCUGCUGUGGAGUCUUCAAUGCAGCCUGCGGUGAAGCCAUCAGUGCCUACCGAGGAGUCUCCUGUUCUGCCUGCUGAGGAACCUUCAGUGCAGCCUGCUGGGGAAUCUUAUGUAAAGCCUUCUGGAGAAUCGUCUGUGAAGUCUUCCGGGGAACCUUCUGUGCAGCUUACUGAGGAACCUGCAGUGCUGCCUGCUGAGAAGCCAUCAGUGCUUCCUGCUGAGGAGUCUUCAGUUCUACCUGCUGGGAAACCUUUAGUCCAGCCGUCUGGAGGACCUGUAGUGCUUUCUGCUGGGGAACUUUCAGUUGUGCCUGCUGGGGAACUUUCAGUUGUGCCUGCUGGGGAACUUUCAGUUCUACCUGCUGGGGAACUUUCAGUUGUGCCUCCUGGGGAAUCUUCAAUGCAGCCUCCUGGGGAACCUUUAGUGCAACCAGCUGGGGAACUGUCUUCAGUGCAGCCACCUGAGGAACCUUUAGUACAACCUGCUGAGGAGCUUAAAGUUCUGCCUGCUGCUGGGGAACUUCCAGUUCUGCCUGCUGCUGGGGAACUUCCAGUUCUGCCUGCAGCUGGGGAACUUCCAGUUCUGCCUGCAGCUGGGGAACUUCCAGUUCUGCCUGCAGCUGGGGAACUUCCAGUUCUGCCUGCAGCUGGGGAACUUACAAUUCUGCCUGCUCCUGGGGAACUUACAAUUCUGCCUGCUCCUGGGGAACUUACAGUUCUGCCUGCUCCUGGGGAACUUACAGUUCUGCCUGCUGCUGGGGGACUUUCAGUUCUACCUUCUGGGGAACUUUCAGUUCUGCCUAUUUGGGAACCUUUAAUGCAACCUGCUGGAGAACUUACAGUUCUGCCUGCUGGGGAAUCUUCAGUGCAGUCUGCUGGGGAACCUUUAGUGCAACCUGCUGGGGAACCUUCAGUGCAACUAGCUGGGGAACUUUAUUCAGUGCAGCCACUUGAGGAACCUUUAGUACAACCUGCUGAGGGGCUUUCAGUUCUGCCUGCUGGGGAAUUGACAGUUUUGCCUGCUGCUGGGGAACUUACAGUUUUGCCUGCUGCUGGGGAACUUCCAGUUCUGCCUCCUGGGGAACCUUUAAUGCAACCUGCUGGAGAACUUACAGUUCUGCCUUCUGGAGAACCUUCAGUUCAUCCUGCUGGGGAACUGUUAGUGCAACCUGUCGGGGAACUUACAGUUCUGCCUGCUGGGAAACCUUCAGUGCAGCCUGCUGGGAAACCUUCAGUGCAGCCUGCUGGGGAACCAUCAGUGCAGCCUCCUAUAGAACCUUUAGUGCAACCAGCUGGGGAACUUGCUUCAGUGCAGCCACAUGAGGAACCUUUAGUGCAUCCUGCUGGGGAACUUCCAGUUCUGCCUGCUGCUGGGGAACUUCCAGUUCUGCCUGCUGCUGGGGAACCUUUAAUGCAACCUGCUGGAGAACUUACAGUGCAGCCUGCUGGGAAACCUUUAGUGCAGCCUGUUGGGGAACCUUUAGUGCAGCCUGCUGGGGAACCUUUAGUGCAGCCUGCUGGGGAACCUUUAGUGGAGCCUGCUGGGGAACCUUUAGUGCAGCCUGCUGGGGAACCUUUAGUGCAGCCUGCUGGGGAACCUUUAGUGCAGCCUGCUGGGGAACCUUUAGUGCAGCCUGCUGGGGAACCUUUAGUGCAGCCUGCUGGGGAACCUUUAGUGCAGCCUGCUGAGGAACCUUUAGUGCAACCUGCUAAGGAAUCUUCAGUGCUUGCUGCUGGGGAACCUUUUGAGCAACCUGCUACUGAGAAACUUGCAAUGCAGCCUGUAAUUCAGCCUGAUAUUGUACCUUUAGUGCAGCCAGCAAUGGAACCACCAGUGCAACUUGAAAUGUGCCCUUCAGUAGUUCCUACUGUACAAUUUCCAGUGCAACAUUUAGUGCAAUCUACAGAAAAACAUUCAGUGCAGCACAGAGUGGAACCAUCAGUACACCCUGCCGUGCAAUCUUCAGAAAAACCUUCUGUGCAAAAUGCAGGGGAACCUUUACAACCAACAAUGCAACCUAUAGAGCAAACUGCACAGCAACUUAGAGGCACCACAGAUGUAAAGCAAAAGAAGGCUUCAAAAGGCAGAAGAAAGAAAAAGUCAAAUGCUGGUUCGUCUAUCAUGGAAAAACAGGCAGUAGAAACCCAAGCAGUGAACAAAGUUUUUUUGUCAGUAAAAAAGGAUGACAUAAUUGAUCAUAGUGAAGAGAGUUUAAGCACUGAAAUUGUUCAAAAGAAGCAUUAUCUAGAUGUGACAGACAGUCAGCGAGAAGCUGUGGAGGAGAACGCAUUAGAGGAAUCCAGAGAAGUAAAUGAAGAACAACAAGAGGCCAGUGGUCAACUAGCUACACUGCUGCAUGACGCUAAUUCCUCCAGCAGACAAUCGGAGACUUCGCUAAGUGACCUAAAGGCCUGUGGCAAUGAUUCCGUUCCGAUCUCACCUCUACUAACUGCAGUGCCGAUGAAACUACAAGAGGCCGAACAGCUUCCAGAUGAUGAGGGGAAAGUUGUCCUUCUAAACGAGGUCCAGGUCAUCCAGCAGAUCAGUGAUCAGACUGAACAAACCUCAAGCAAGCCUGUUCCAGCACCAGAGCCUGUCAAUUUGCCAGCUGACGCUGAGACGUUACUUAAGCAUCUUGAGAGUCAUAUUGCAGCAUUCCAGCAGAAUAUUGUUACACGAUUAUCGCAUGUGAAGGGAAGGCAACCCUUGGCAGAAAGGCCUUUGGGAACUAUUGCUCACAGAAUUAAGUUCCUUUAUGUUGGGGAAGACGAUAAAAAUCUUUCUGAAGAGCAUCCACAUCGAAUAUAUGAAGAUACAAAAAAGAACAUCAGUAGUUUCCAAAAAGAACCAUUCAAAUUAGAUGUCAAUGAAAUAAAUCAACAAAUUCAAGACAUAGAGAAAGCUUAUAAUAACAUCUCAGAACUGGAACCUGGACGGCCAUGUUUUCAAAAGGAAGUACAAGAUGGAGAUGCUCGGGAUAAUGAGAUUUUAUUAUCAAAGCGCACAGACCUAUUAGCAGAACUAAUUGCUUUGAAGACCAAAAAACAGAAACUGUGUGAAGAUGUGAGGAGCUCCCAGAAUGCUCUGUGUGCAGCGAAGCUGUCCUACCAAACACUGGCCAAGGAGAAGGAGAACCUCAAAAUGGCACCCACGGAAAGUUACACAAGUCAUUUGGGCAAAAUAACACAUUUUCUUCAGCAAAUAGCAAGAGAAAAGGAAAGUUUGUAUACCUUGAUGUCCGAGCAUUCAAACAUCGGUUGUUGCAGAAUAACAAGUCAAAACAAAGAUGAAAUAGGCCUUGAUGUAAGACAAAUGGUUGACUUUUUGGAACAAAUUGAGCAGAGUGUUCUUAGGGAACAUGAUCGUUUUGCAAAGGAAGCCCAAGAAAUAGCAUUUGUUGAACAAAAAGUUGACGAUGUGCAAAGGAUCAUUCAUCUCCAGCAAGACCAGCUUGAUCAACCUUCUACUUCUCCAGAAGAUGCUCUGAAAGCCUCUCUGCUACUUUCUGCUGACAUACAAGCCAUCAGGCAUAUGUUUUCAUUAUUAAGAAAUGCAUGUGACUUGCAAAUCAAAAGAACAUGGGGAACAAAUGACCGUAAGAACCUUGAAAGUUUACUGGACAAUUUGCAGGGUGAACUGGAAAGCCUUGAGGAGCGCGUGAAUGACCAACAACUCACACGAUGCCAAACACCAAAUGCCUUACUGGAGCAAUACUCUUUUCUGAAACCUUUAUAUGAAUCACUCUUGUGGGUCAAAAAAUCACAAAACAGGGCCGCAUUUAAUCAGGUUAUUGCUCUUCUACCGGAAGACGUAGAAAAACAGAUCAUAACUUGUAAAAAUGUGCACAAAGAAAUUUUGGACAGAAAGUCUGCGAUCGACUCUGUUAUUAAAGAGUCGGAACACAUAUCCUCAGGGAUUGAUACGGCUGUGUGCAAAGACUUGGGUUCUUUUUUCCAACAAUUGCAGGAAUUAUAUCAGGACCAAGUUAUACAAUCAGCUGAGAGAUUACAGCAGUUGGAAUCUGGACUGGAAAAAAGGAAAUCACUCUUUUCAGAAAUUGAAAAGCUCAAAGAAUUACUGCAAUGUCUACAGAACGAAGCAACUCCACUCAGUAAAGAGAUAUUUACUUCCACGGACUUGUGUGAGCAGCUAAAUUGUUUAAAGGGCAAGACUACAGAGCUGGGAGAAAUUGAAGGCCUAAUCUUGACACUUCUGAAGAACUGCCAAAACUAUCAUGGGGAACUGAAAAAAUCAGAGCAGUUAUAUUUAAAUGACAUAUUAAGAAGUCUAAAGUAUAAGGCAAGAAAAAUACGGACAUUAGAAGAAAAGAAGUUUUCUUAUACUGAAAAAUUGCUAAGAAUUUGUAACGACUUUGAAGAAAGGGCGACUUACCUCAACUGGGAAUUGAGUGCUUUGCAGCCUAUUGAACCUGAGAUACAUGAUGAGGCGGCAAAACGAGUUGGUGAAGAUUUUGAAAAGAAAUUACAAGUUUCCCAAAAUGCCAUCUCAUCAUCUCAAGAUCACUUGGCUGAGAUACUGAGGUAUAAGAACGUGUUCGAAGAUAACGGGCUUUACUGGGAUGGUUUAGCUGUUGAUAACCUACAGAACAAAUGUCUAAAUUUGACAAAGGAUGCCGAGACAAGUGGUCACUUUGUACAUUUUGGACGAGUAGAAGAACAUUAUGGAGAGCUGAUAGAAAAAAUCAAAGCAAUGAUUUGUUCAGUACAAAAAGAAGCUGUCUGGAUUGGAACCAAUUUUGAUAUUAUAGAUGCUCAAGUGGUAUGUAAAAAAAUAAAGAAAAUAAGUAUUUUAACUACCAAAGCAAUCUGUCUACUACACGAAAAACCAGGUGCCGAUGAAGAGUCCCUCAAACAUGAGGAAAAGACAAUAAGAUCUUUAGCAGAAAAUAUGGAUCAAUUACACCAAUCUCUCCAGCAGGUGAUAACUGAUUGUGAUACAAGGGACACAAGUGCUCAGUAUCGAUUGAAGCAAACCUUAAAACACCUAAGGAAAAUUGACAGAGAUAUUAAUGAGCAAUGUGUUAUUGAAUUGGAUAUCUAUAAGGCUGAAGAGGAACUGCUAAGGCUUGAGGCUCUUCAUGAAAUAUGCAAGUCAGAGUUAAAUGGUAUAAGGUCCAUUUCAGCCCAGGGAACCACAGAGGACCUCCAGAAAGAGCUGAGUGAAAUAGAGUGUAUUGGCAAAGAAACGGAGAAGAACAUCGCACAGCGCAUUAACACAGCUGAGAAGACCUGUAGUUGCCUUCAAGAUUUCCAACAAGCCAUCACCAACGUAGCAGAGCUGUUCACUCAACAUGGAAGGAAGUUACAAGUGGAUCCAUUGGAUUUAAAUAACGUAGAAUACCAGACACGUGUGCUGAUUUCUAAACAAGAAGAACUAAAUCUUGCUGUAGCUGAAAUUCAUACGAUCGCUAAACAGUUAAAAUCCGUUUGUAAUCCGCAUGAUCAACAACAAUUGGAUGACAUUUUGAAAGACGUCACCUCCAAGAAUAACUUAUUGAUGGAGAUGUUAGAAAGAAAGAGAACAGCUUUAAUCAGGUACCACGAAAAAUAUUACCUGUUCAGAGGUAAAAAACAGAAGAUCAGAGAGGAUCUUGAAGAGAUUGAAGCCAUUAUCAGAGACUCCUUGUCUCAGAAGCCAACAUCCUAUAAAGCUGCUUUGGUGCAGUGGGAAAAAAGCAAGAAUUUAGUGACACAAAUACAAUCCAGCGAGGAGCAAUUGCUGAUUCUACAACAGGCAUCCAGAGACCUGACCACGAGCAGCGAAGAUGACGUUCCGCUGACCGACAAAAUGAUGGAGUCAUUGUGGGAUAAAUGGCUGUAUCUGCUCGGGGUCUGUAGAGAUUGGGAACUGUACUGUGAUGAACUGAAACAAGAGUGGAAAUUAAUCAAUGACCUGAUGGAAAUGGAGAUGAUACUUCUGGAUAACUGCCAGGAAGAGAUUCUGGACAAACCUGAGACGAAACAGAGAACUGCACAACUUCUGUGCUCCAUUGCUGAAAUCAGGCGCUUUGAGGAGAGUGUGAGGAUGCAGCAGCUGCAGUUGUCUCUUUUGAGGUGUCGAAUCCAGAAUAUUUUGGGAGCAGCUGAGGCUGACGCAGUUCCAGUGAUUCAAGAAAUCCAGUCAAUGGAAGACAAGUGUGAAAUGCUUCAGCAGAAGGCUCAUGGGAAUGAGCAGGAGAUAUGCGCGGAACUUCACCAAAGAGACACUUGGAAAGAUGACAUCUCCACGGUGAAAAAAUCACUUCUGAAAGUGUCCUCCCAACUGGAGGAGGUGAAGGCAGCAGACCCUGCAGAUGCUGGAGCAUUGUUGGAGGAACUUCACAGCUCAAUUGAUUCUGAAAAGGAAAAGGUUAGGCUUAUUGUGGAGAAACUCCGAGCCCAGUACGCAGAACUAGUUCCUGCUGAUCUGCUCUCGCUGGUAGAGGAAUGUCAGGUGUUAUCCAAAGAGAUGGAAGAACAGGUUAAAAACGAAAUUGAGGAAAGAUCUCCUCAUAACAUAAUGGCUAGAAAGGUGAAUGAGAUAAAAGCUGGUCUCCAAAGUGUUGAGGUCCGGUUAACAAAAAAAAGCCAAGAUAUCAUCCAAGCCAAAGCACUUCAGAAGGAAAUCUGGGAUGAAGUUGAUUUGUGGCACUCUAAACUUCAUUCAUUGGAGUCUGAGGUCUUGGAUAUGGCAGAAGAAGACCCCAGUCAGGCUCAAGAAUGGAUGGAUAAGUUAACAGAACCGUUUAGUCAUCACCAGCAAGUAACCUACCUUGUGGAACACAGGACUGUUAAUUUAAACAAGGCGGCAAGCAAGUUAGAGGAAUAUGAAGAAAUUUUGACUAUGACAAAAUCCUGGAUUCAGAACACCAAUAACUUGUUAAGUGAAGAGAUGAAGGAUUGUUCUGCCAAAAUCUUGAAUAAACACGUCACCGCUCUAGAGAUUGCUCUGGAUGAUUCUGAGCAGAAACAACAUGUCCUGGGCACCAUGCAUUCCGAGUUAGGUGAGCUGGAUCUCAUAUUUGAAACGGACAGUGUUGUGGAACGUCUCAGUGAGCUGAGGAACCAAGUGAGGGAUCUCCAGGAGAGAAUUCUGAAUGUUCUACCGCUAAUCCAGCACAUAGGAGAUGAGGUGGCCAGUAUCGAGAAUGAGGUGAAAAGAAUGGAAAAGAGAAUUGAUACCAUUAAAACUAUUUUGACAUCUAGUGAAAUAGAUGAUAUGUCACCCAAAGAACAUCAUAAAAAUGGACAGGUCAUGCUUGACAAUAUAGAGAGCAUUAGGAACACGGUCGCUCAGAUAGAAGCGUACAGACCUACUCUCAUUUUAUCUGAAUCUGGGGUCCAGUCUCUGUGUGUAUUCCGAAGAAUGGGACGACUCUUGAGAGAGGCUGAAAUGCUGGAAAAAGUUACCAAGGAACAAAUUGAGCUUCUAGAGCCGAUCAUAAGUGAAAUGUCCGAGUUGGAACAGGAGCAAGAAAAGUUAAAAGUUCUCUCCAAAAGUUUCACGUGUGAAACUCCUGAUAUAAAGGAGAAGACUGAAGUAAUUAGGCAACAACUGGAGGGAUUAAAUGAGAAGAAGGAAGUGGUUUUACUUACCCAACGCAGCUCCGUGACUGAUCAGCUGGAGCGUUUAUUACUGGAACCACAGGACCAAGACUUGGAAUCCAUCUUAUCUCCAGUAACUGAAGGCGUAAACCUUGUCGGUAGUGAGGUGAGGUGGAUGGACUCUUAUUUCCUGCCAUCAUUGGAAGAGGAGACAGAGGAGUCUACACUGACUGCAGAGGUAGCCGACACAGUGACCGUUGUCAGUGAAGGAGUCAGUCCUGUGAAAACUAAAGGUGAAAACAAAGUGAUUGAUGCCCGUCCCUCAGUUGUGACCUCACAUAAGUUAUCCAAGGAACAGCUGGAAGAUGGCAGCAAAACGCUGGCUGACGUGAAGCCUGAAAUGAUUCUAGGUGAUUGUCAGGGGAAGGUAAAAGAGGUGGAGCUUUGGCUGCAGAAGGUGAAGCUAUCACUGGCAGAGCAUAAACAGGACCCAGAUAUGUUGCAGAACUUGGAAGAGCAGCUUGCAGACUGUCAGAAUAUUUUACAAGAAACAGAACAUAACAUAAACUCAUUGCUAAAAGACGUCAGUUACAGGAACCAGGGAAAUGAAACUGUGUUAGAAGAGGCAGAGUCAUUAUCGCUAAGGUUGAAGGCUCUUAAAAUCAGUUUGGAACACGUGCAAGCAAUGUUGCAGCCACAUAACGGAGUGAAAGUGGAGAAGUCGCAGCACCCAUCUAUGUUUAGAGCUGCUGAUCUUGAUAAUAAAUCUGAUGUUAUUUGCACAGAGGCUACAAAUAUAAAAUAUCCAGCAGAGAAGCUGUUACCAAAUCAAGAGAUUAGCACGCCGGAGCAAUCCAGAACCACUGCCGAGGCGGCAGUAUCAACCCUUACCAAGCAUUUGAGUAAAACACCUUUGUCUGUGAUUGAUGAUAUCACCUGGAGCAAGUGCCAGUAUCUUCAGAAGGAGCUAUCAUACAGGACUAAGGCUGCGUUCCACAGACAAGAUAGUGAACCUCAAGUUGCAAAAAAAGUGAAGAUCAGCUGUCUAUUGAGAUUGCCAGUAAGCACAGUAACCUCACCACUUACUGAAGAAUCGCACCAUUUUCUGCCACGGCUAAAAGCUCUGAUUGAAGAAGCCACUGUUCCCCUUACUCAGGAAAGUGCAAGGAAUCUGCAUGGAGCUCUGUUUUCCUGGCUGUGCGCAGUUUGCCAGUGGCUGCAGAAUAUAGAGGAGAUGCUGGACAGGACUGUCCUGUCCCAAGAGGAGGCUACUUCAGAGUUGGCCAUGUGUGAGAAACUGACGGAAGAAUUACAUACACUCUCAGAAGAAAUGGGGCAUAAAACUGGCAUUCUUUUAAAACCAAUUACCCAUGAGGGUGAGCGCACGGGUGUUUUAGCCCAGUGUUACAGUGACAUAAGGGAUUGGCUUAUUCAGACUCACAUUGCUGCUCAGUCUAGAGCCAAGAACAUGCAAGAGGAACUGGAAAAACAUAAUAACUACCAGAAUGACAUCCGGCAGUUAUACGAUGUCCUGCUAAAAAAGAAAAUGGAUCUUAUACAGCUCUUGAGUAAGAGAAGCGUGUGCGAAGCUACUGAACUUGUUCAGGAAGCGGCUGUGUAUGAGUCAGAACUUCAGAACUUUGAAAGUCAAGUAUCAGCUUUGAAAGAGAGAGGAGAUAAACUUUCAAUCCCCAUAUGUUCUAAUCAGGAAAUCCACAAGUUGGAGGAUGUCCUGGAUGAUAUUUGGCAAAUUCUUCGAACAAAACAAAACGAAUGUUAUAGUGCGGCUGUUAGUAAGUCACAGAUGGAUACACUGCUACGCGGGGUAGCUGAACUGUUGUCUCUGGGGAAAGAGAAGAUUGCAAGAAGUAAAGGAUACCGCUGCCGAAGCAAAGAAAGCCUAGACUCCCAUAUACAGGAUCACAAGAAGUUUUUCAGUAUCCUGGACAGUCAAGUUCUGCUGCUACAAUCUCUCACCACUAAGAAUCCCAAUCCUGACCUUGGCAAGGAGAAUAUACAGACAGUGGUGCGGGAUGCUGAUUGGCUGAGGGAACAGGCAGAAGCCCAUUGUAUUGAUAUGAUGGGCGUAAUGAAGGACUGGAAUAAACUUGACUCACAAUACGAUUUUCUAAGCAAGAAGUCGGAAGCCCUUAAAUCUAUGGUUCCUACUAAUAGCUUGGUGGAAGAAUCGGAAGACAGGGUUAUGGAACGCCUUAAUCAAUAUAAGCAAAUUAAAAAACUCAUUGAUGAGAACGAAUCAGCACUGUGCCAGAUGAUUGUGGCCGGGAAACGACUGCAAAGUGCAGCGAGCUGCCCAGAGCUAGACGCCCAUAUUAACAUGAUAGAUCAGCAGUGUUCCCAGUUAACCAAGAAUGUCAACCAUGAACUACACAGAUUGGAGUCUCUUGUCAGCCAUUUGGCCAGUUAUAACAAGGACUCGGCUGAGUUAUCAGAUUGGCUGGAAUCGGCCAACCAGAAGCUGAAACAUUACAGGAUGCAGUCACUGGAGGCCUCUCAGAACCUGGACACCAUCAAAAGCAACCUUUCCACGUUCUUUGAAUUUACAAAUGAUGUGGAUCAGAAAUGUUCCUUAAAGACCUCAGUGAUGAACAAUGGCACCCAGCUACUCCGCCUGAAGGAAGCAGACACAGCAGUCCUUAAAGUGAGCUUGGCGAAAUACGAGGAAAGGUGGGCGGAGCUUAUUGCAGCAUUACCGCCCAUUCAAGAGAAGCUGCAAAAGCUUCUUAUGGAGAAACUUCCAUCUCUUCAAGCAAUUCAGGAACUGAUGGAUUGGAUGAAAGCAGAAGAGCACUCUAGAGAACUCCAGUCCACACAGAGCGCUCCACCCACUGCAGCUGACAUCAGGGGUCUUCUACAGAAGUAUAAGAUCUCUCGGAAAGAAAUGAGCCACAAGCAGGGGAUUGUGGAUUUUGUCAACCAGUCUUUGCUACAGCUUAGUGUGGGUGAUGUGGAGAGCAAACGCUACGAAAGGGCAGAACUUGCAGAAUUACUGGGUUCCUUAAACCUGCAGUGGAGCCAGAUGCAGGGAGACCUCAACAGAAAGAUUCAACACUUGGAGCAGAGUCUUGAGAGCAUUUCUGACCAAGAGAGCAAAAGACAGACAGUGAGUAAUUGGUUUGAUGCCCAACAGCUAAGGAUGACAAAAUUGCACAGACCAUCAAGUAUAAGAGGAGCCGAGAGUGCCUUGGCAGAGUGCAAGGAACUUGAAGAGCAAAUGAAAUCAAAGUCCAAUGUGAUUGAAGAAUUGGAAACAAGCAGAGGUCCAACAGGAGAUCAAAGUGUUCCAAGUGAUGGUGUGCUGACGUCAGACACCCUGCUGAAACAGAGGGACGUUGUGGCUAAACAGGUUGAACAGCUGAAGACCUCUAUGCAAUCAGUGUUGCAACACUGGAAAGCCUGCAGUGAGAACCAUGAGCACGUAGAGAGGAUGACGGUCACAUUUCUGUAUGUUCUCGACCAAAGCAAAACCCCCUCAUCCUCUGUGAACUGUCUGAAGCAUCACUUGAAGCGACUACAGGAGGUUCAGGAGGAAGCAGAGCAACGUGAAGAAAACUGGAGUAAGCUUAGAGCCUCCCUAAAUAAUUUGAGAGAUCUCUGCAGUCCCACAGUACUGGGAAUCCUGGAACGGGAAUGCUCGGACUCCAGAGACAGGUGGGCUGCCGCUUGUGAGGAACUCUCUGCCCAUCUUCGAUCAGUCGGCUCCUCAUUGCAGCUGUGGGAGGGUUACAUUGGUUCACGCGAGGAGCUCACACCGCACAUGGAGCAAGUGGAAGAUAAAUGUGAACGGCUCAUGUGCGCUAAACUUUCUGAAGACAGGGCGCAAAACACUUUACAGCAAAGGAUCCAGGAUUUGCAUGUGUUGGAACAAAGCCUGCUGGGACUCAGAGCGCACAACCUGCAGGUUUCCGAGCUGGCAGACAAGGUGGUGCAGCAAUACCCCACAGCCGCCAAUGCCAUUCAGUCAGAGAGACAAAACACUUCCCACCGGAUCGCUCAUUUGGAAAGAAGCGUUUCUUCCAAGGCCACUGAAUUGAAGUCAAUCCAGAAUGAGGUUGAGUCCUUCAAGAGUGACCUAGAAAAACUCCAGUCAUAUGUGAAGUCGUCAGCUGACAUUGUCGGCCAUGUUUGUCUUUCUGAAAAGGAAAAGGAGGAAAAGUCUGACGUGAUAAAGAAGCAUCUUUUGGAACUCAGCGAAUUAACCAAUGAUGUUGACCAUUUAAAUGAGGAGGUUUUCACUCUUCCCCUUGAUGACCGCACCCAGAUGUCGCUACAGAACCUGAAUCGUAUGUGGGCUAAAACCAUAGCAACUGCGCUAGAAGACUGUAGGGAACAGCGGAUGACUGAGCUAGAAAAAAAUAACUUCAUUCAGAAUUAUGAAACCUGGAUGCGGAGUCUGGAGAAGAUGGAGAACAGCCUGACUGUAGGCAUCGCAGGAACAUACGAGGAACUGAGAACGCAGCAGGAGGUGUAUGAGAGACUUCAUGCUGAAAUUGCCAUAAAUGAACACAUUUUACCUUCUUUUGUGAACAAAGCUUUGAGUUUCUUGGAGUCGGAGGAAGAGAAUAGAAAUGAGCUCAUUUUAAAGCUUACCUCCCUAAAAGAGAAGUGGCAGAGUGUGAUCCGGCUGGUGCAGCAGAGGAAGAGAGAGAUAAGUGUCUUGCUGAAGCAAUGGCGGCACUUCAGAGUCUCACAAGAAAGACUUGGGAAGCACUUGCUUGGCUUACAAGAUGUCGUUUCCAGUGUCAGCAGCCAGAAAUGUCACAGUCUAUAUAAUGCAGGGAAACUCCUGUAUUAUUUCAAGGACAAGGAGCAACACCUGAAGAGGUUGCAGCCCAGUUACUUCACAACGAUCAGCAAUGACAAAGACUUACUGGCAGUUGCUACACCAGAAUGCCGAGACGUUCUGCAGCAUGAUCUGACUAAACUUCAGGCCCUAUGGGAGAACACAGCACUGCAGUUACAUGCUAUUGUCACCCAUUUUAGUGACCUCGCUCAGAAGAGAGACAAUUUGGAAUGGAAGAUCGAGGAUAGACGACAAGCUCUUCAUACGCUGAAAACAAGAGUAGAUGAGCCACUGCCAACACUCCACGAGGAGCUGCAUAGAGCUAAAGAACCCAUUAAGGAGCUCCAGGAAGCGCUGGAUGAGUGGGGAGAUAGUUUGAGAGAUCUGGAAAACAUGAAGACAGAAUUAUCACAAUAUAUCAUCGCUGAGGAUGGGUUGGUUCUGAAAAACCAAGUGGAGGCUUUGCACAGGCAAUGGGAAGAGUUAUGCCUGAGGGUGAAUCUGCGGAAACAAGACAUAGAAGACCGGCUCAAUGCCUGGAACAUUUUUAAUGAGAAGAACAAGGAGUUAUGCGAUUGGCUAACGCAGAUGGAAGGCAAAGUAUUGCAAACUGCUGAUGUUAACAUUGAGGAGAUGAUCGAAAAACUGCAGAAGGACUGCAUGGAGGAAAUUAAUCUCUUCAGUGAAAAUAAGGUCCACUUGAAGCAAAUUGGAGACCAGCUCAUCAUUGCCAGCAACAAGGCCCGUUCUACUGAUAUUGAAAACAAGCUGAAUAAAGUUAAUGACCGGUGGAAGCAUCUAUUUGAUGUGAUUGGUUCACGUGUAAAGAAACUGAAGGAAACUCUGGUAAUCAUCCAGCAGCUGUACAAGAACAUGAGUAACCUGCGUACAUGGCUGUCUCGCAUUGAGUCGGAGUUAUCUAAGCCCGUCAUCUACAGCAUCUGCCAUGACCAAGAGAUAAGCAAGAAACUGGAAGAACAAAGGGACCUUCAAAAGGACAUUGAGCUGCACAGUACCGGCGUUGCUUCGGUUUUAAAUAUCUGUGAACGUCUGCUGCAUGACACUGAUGCGUGCGCCAAUGAAACGGAAUGUGACUCCAUACAACAGACCACCCGGAGUCUCGAUAAACGGUGGCGAAACAUCUGUGCCAUGUCUAUGGAGAGACGUAUGCGGAUUGAGGAAACUUGGAGUCUCUGGCAGAAGUUUCUGGAAGACUACUCUAGAUUUGAUGAGUGGCUGAAAGAUGCAGAAACGAUGGCAGCGUCCCCAGAUUCUUCCGAUGUGCUGUAUACAAAAGCCAAAGAAGAGCAAAAGAAGUUUGAGGCUUUCCAGAGGCAGAUCCAUGAACGUCUUACUCACCUGGAGCUGAUUAAUAAGCAGUACAGGAGACUUGCCAGGGAGAACCGCACCGACGCCGCCAGCAGGCUGAAACAGAUGGUGCACGAGGGAAAUCUGAGGUGGGACCAGCUGCAGAAGAGAGUGGCUGCCGUUCUGAGGAGGCUCAAGCACUUUACAAGCCAAAGGGAAGAGUUUGAGGGGACCAGAGACAGCAUCCUGGUGUGGCUGACUGAGAUGGACUUGCAGCUUACGAAUGUGGAACAUUUCUCAGAAAGCGACAUUGAGGAGAAAAUGCAGCAACUAGUAGGUUUCAAACAAGAAAUUACACUGAACGCCAACAAAAUUGACCAGUUGAUCGUUUUUGGGGAGCAGUUGAUCCAGAAGAGUGAGGCUAUGGAUGCCGUGGUUAUUGAGGAUGAGCUGGAAGAGAUUCACAGAUAUUGUCAAGAAGUUUUUGGUCGUGUGUAUAGGUUCCAUGAAAGGCUGACCUCAAGAGAAUUGAGAUUAGAAGAAGACAGAGAAACCUCUGAAAAUGAUACAGAUGGAGAAGAUUCUAGAGAGAUCCAAAAUACCUCUUGGCAUUCCACAAUACCCGAUGUAGAGACAUCCCAUCAGUCUCUGUGCCACCUAAUGCCACCGACCCUCCCUCAUGAGAGAUCUGGCCGUGAAACUCCCGUCAGCGUGGACUCCAUCCCCCUAGAAUGGGAUCCAACCGUAGAUGUUGGUGGAUCUUCUAUGCAUGAGAAUGAAGAGGGAGGAUCCUACUACAAUCCUCUGUCAGAUGUAGAAAUUCCCGAAAAUCCUGAAGCCUAUGUCAUAAUGACAACAAAAACUGUACAAGCAUCUUCUGGGAAAUCUGACUUAGAUACUCCAUCUUGGCAUUCUCCAGAACAAAAUGAAAUGGUUAAGGGAUUGCGUUCAGCCGCGACAGGAGCUGCCGCUUCAGCGAAUCAGUCCUCUAGUGAUCAGAUGGCCACUUCCAGUAUUACUGUAGAGAAAGACGAUAGAACAUCAAGUUCCACAAAUGAACAGAUUGAGAACAAGGGGCUUCGUAGAAUGGAUAGCCCAGAAACACACUCAGGUGUGAUCGAACGUUGGGAAAUUCUUCAAGCGCAAAGCUUAAGCAAUGAGCUCCGUAUGAAGCAGAGCCUGCAGCAGUGGCAACAGCUAAACAGUGACUUGGAUAAUAUCACGCUUUGGCUAGAUAAAACUGCAAUGGACCUUGACUGUGCCCGAAAACUGAAGUUGGCAUCUACAAUCCAAGAUCUGGAACAGAAAGUCAAGAGACUUAAGGACACCUUGAAAGCCUUUGAUCAUUAUAAAGCACUGGUUAUAUCGGCAAACCUGAGCAGUAAGGAGUUCCAACAGGCGGAUGAGCCAGAAUGCAGGAAUGUUCUAAGCAGACUCCACAAGGUGAACUCACGCUGGGACAAAGUGUGUAAUGAGCGAGACAAGUGGAGGAAGAUCUUACAGCGUGACCUACUGCAGUGCCAGGAGUUCCAAGAGAAGAGCCAUCAGCUGUUACUCUGGCUGACCGAGGCUGAAGAGCGGAGACUCAGAUAUCGGCUGACGGAUUGCAGCGGAGACCCACAUUCCUUGCUGGAGAGUCAGAAGCAGCUAAUGCAACUGAGAGGAGAGCUGCUGGAGAGGCAAGUGCAAGUGGACACUCUCCAGGACGUGUCUAGUUACCUGCUGUGCGGUACGGCAGAGGCCGGAUACAUUGAGGCGGAUGAUAGGACCCACGUCAUUGGAACGAAGAUGAGACAGGUUCUGAAAGACGUGUCACAAGACUUGAAUACGGUUCAGCAGGCCCUGGACAAUUCCACAACCGAUGAGGUUGAUUCUCUCAUCUCUGCACCUGCUCAGAGCCAGGCCCAUGUUGGCGCAGCAGUCACUGAUUCCGCCAGGAUGAAAGAACAGCCAGGCACAGCGAAGGAAGUGACUAAGAAACGGUCAUUCUUCUACAGAGUGCUGCGAGCUGCGUUUCCUCUGCAGCUCCUCCUGCUCCUCCUGCUGCUUUGCGCCUGCAUGAUUCCCUUCUCCGAGGAAGACUACAGCUGUGCCCAAACGAACAAUUUCGCCCGAUCUUUUUACCCAAUGCUGAGAUAUACUAACGGCCCUCCACCAACAUAAUUAUGGUUUGUGUGCAUUUCCGCCCAACUAAAUCACAUUCCUGUAUUUUAUAAUUUAGUCUUGAGCGACUCGCCAGCAAAUCAUGUGACCUGCGUAUUGCAGGGUAUGUGACGUACAGCUUGCAUCAUCUUUAAGUUCAACUUGCCAGUUUGGUCCCCCCCCCCACCCCCCCGGCUUCAGAGCUGCGGGUGGCCGCACUCGGAACAAGGGCGCAGCUGCAGGACAGGGUUUGCUGGAAGCUCACUCCCCUGAACAUGCAUGUAGUAACUUUAUAUGCACAGUGUAAUUGGUGAUGGUUUAUACAUUUAUAGCCAUGUUAAUUUCUUUUAGCUUAAUAUUGUGUUUCCUCUCCUAUUUUUAUGUGACAGGAGGGUAUUUUUUAUUAUUGCAUGGAUGUGGUUCUUAUCUGGGGGUUUUUGUUAUUUAUUUGAAAUUUUAAUCGUAAUUAAUAUGUAAAUUCGCAGAUAUCUCGAAAUUUAAAGACCCAUCUAUAUUCAGAGGAAUUAGAUGUUGUACAGACAUAAAAGUGAUUUUCUACAAAUUUCUGGGUUCAUUUCAGUUUUGUACAGUCGGAUACUUUUUGAAAGUUUUUUUUUAUGUUCUCUUUUGUAAACCAUUUUCAAAUCAUGAAACACUGAAAGGUAUUGGAUUGAAGGUCAUUAAUGUUUCAAGAUGUAUCCAAAAUUGAUUCUAAUAUAUUCUGUGAAAUAAUGCUUCAGUUCCCACAAGGAAAAAAGACAAAGGGAAAGGUGUUUAUGGGAUAUUGAUUCAAUAAAUGGCUGAAGAUCUUUGUA